CGCAGCCCUCACGGCCGCCGCCGCGCCACGGCGCCGCGCCACUGGCGGAGCGGACGGAAGUGACGCGCGGGCGGGAGCGCGGCGAGGCGGUGUGGCGGCGGCCGGCUGCGCGGCGAUGAACAGCCGCCUGCAGGAGAUCCGGGAGCGGCAGAAGCUCCGGCGGCAGCUCUUGGCGCAGCAGCUAGGAGCAGAGAACGCGGACAGCAUCGGCGCCGUGCUCAACAGCAAGGAGGAGCAGCGGGAGAUCGCCGAGACGCGGGAAACGUGCCGGGCCGCUUAUGAUACUUCUGCACCAAAUGCAAAACGCAAAUACCCAGAUGAGGGAGAGGCUGAUGAGGAAGAGAUUGAAGAGUAUAAGGAUGAAGUAGAGCUGCAGCAAGAUGAAGAGAACCUGCCUUAUGAAGAAGAGAUUUACAAAGAUUCUAGUACCUUCCUUAAGGGUACUCAGAGUUUAAAUCCACACAACGAUUAUUGCCAACACUUUGUGGAUACGGGACACAGACCCCAGAACUUCAUCAGAGAUGUUGGCUUAGCAGAUAGGUUUGAAGAAUAUCCAAAACUUAGAGAGCUCAUCAGAUUGAAGGAUGAGCUGAUAUCUAAAUCUAACACUCCUCCCAUGUACUUACAAGCAGACUUGGAAGCUUUUGAUAUUAGGGAACUGAAGUCCAAAUUUGAUGUGAUUCUCCUGGAACCACCACUGGAAGAAUACUACCGAGAGACUGGCAUUACUGCCAAUGAAAAAUGUUGGACUUGGGAUGAUAUCAUGAAAUUGGAAAUUGAAGAAAUUGCAGCCCCAAGGUCAUUUGUGUUUCUAUGGUGUGGUUCAGGCGAGGGUCUGGAUCUUGGCCGAGUGUGUCUGCGCAAAUGGGGUUACAGAAGAUGUGAGGACAUUUGUUGGAUUAAAACGAAUAAGAACAAUCCUGGAAAGACCAAGACUCUAGACCCCAAGGCUGUUUUCCAAAGAACCAAGGAACACUGCCUCAUGGGCAUUAAAGGAACGGUGCGUCGCAGUACAGAUGGUGACUUCAUCCAUGCUAAUGUUGAUAUUGACCUCAUCAUCACAGAAGAGCCUGAAAUUGGCAACAUAGAAAAACCUGUAGAGAUUUUUCACAUCAUUGAGCAUUUCUGCCUUGGCCGCCGCCGCCUUCACCUUUUUGGAAGGGACAGUACGAUUCGACCAGGUUGGCUGACCGUAGGCCCCACGCUCACAAACAGCAAUUUCAAUGCAGAAACGUACUCUUCAUACUUCACAGCUCCGAAUUCGCACCUGACCGGCUGCACCGAAGAGAUCGAGAGACUUCGGCCCAAGUCCCCCCCACCCAAGUCCAAGUCUGACCGUGGAGGUGGUGCUCCACGGGGAGGAGGAAGAGGAGGCACUUCAGCGGGCCGAGGAGAAAGGGGCAGAGAGCGGAACAGAACUAACUUUCGGGGUGAGAGGGGUGGCUUCAGAGGGGGGCGUGGAGGUACCCAUAGAGGAGGCUUCCCCACCCGCUGAUGCCUGGUCGGUAAUUGCUCCUUCCCCCAGGCCUAUGCCUCACCUCUCAUACUUUUUCUUAGUCUUGUUUUUGCUAAAGUGAUUUAUUCUGGGGACUCAGGCUAGAGGACUGUUAAUGGUGUGUUCGGUGCGAGCGGUGGCAGAUAGGCUGCCCUCAGUGAGCGGCUGCACUCGCCUCACCUGCCCCUGAUGGUGCUGAGCUCGGCCUCCGGACAGCUACUGGUUGGCAAAUAGGGCACGCCGUUUCUUCCAAGCACCGAUAGGACUGAAGAUCCUUGCUCUUCCCUUCAGAAACUUGAAAGAUGUGGGCUUUUUGAAACUCAUUUCCUUCCGAACAUGGAUUCCUCUUCCUUCUUUAGAGGGUCAGGUCCGAACUGGCUCGGAUUAAUAUGAUGGAAAGGGCAGGAAUCGCAGUGCCCAACUGCAUGGCCGUAGCAGACUUACUCUCUUAUUCAUGGAAGAAAAAGUCUGUGUCUUUAUUGACACCUGUUUUAACUUCUCUGAAACCAAGGAGCAAACAAUAAAUAGAAUUCUAUUUUUUCUUAUUUGGUUUAAAUUUCCCAAAUUAUUCCUGGGAAUAGGGAACACAUUUAUUUUUCAUUUGUGGUGUUUGUUCUCAUGUCUGGAGGGGGGAGAGUGGUAAUGCUGUGCAGUCAUGUGUUGUGUUUCACGGAAAGGAAGAAGCUGUGUACGGUCCGGAACUUCUGUGUAGGUCUGGAUUGCUCCUUGAGGAGAGCUUUUCACCCAGAAUCUGUUCAUAAUAGCCUUGUUCUUUGGUAGGGAAACCCGGUUUUAUUGGCAAGUAGUAGACCUUGUUGGAGGUCGUAUGGGAACCGUGAGGUGAUGUGAGUGCUUCCUGAAAGGGUCACCUGGGCAGCGAGGGUGUGGUGAUCAAACGGAGGGCUCUGCUUUGCCUGUGGGCCGCUGGUGGCCAGCUCCAGAGUACAGCGUGGAAAGCAAGCAGCUCGCUUCGGUAUGUGCAGUGUUUGUGUUUAGCAGAACCACAACUCUGAACUUCUCGGUCCGUACGUGGUAGACUGAGCGAACCUGGCUGUUGACAUCUCAGGCUUAGGUGUGGAUUUUUGAAAACUGGCUUUUAAGUAUCACAGUGUUUCUCUGUUGAAGCCUAGCUUUUAAAUAACUGUCCUGUAAAGUGGUGGAUUAUUAAACUUGUUUAUCAAAGCUAA